AUGAAUAACGAUAUUAAACAGUCUAUUAACCAUACCAUUAAGAGUCUCGACCAAGAACUCCGAGAAAUCAGUAUCAAGAUUCAUAAUGAUCCUGAAUUAGGAAACAAAGAGUAUCAUGCUUACGGCCUGUUGACAACUUAUCUCGAAUCCAAAGGUUUCAACAUGACUUAUAAGGCUGCCGGUUUAGACACUGCGUUCAUGGCUUCCUUCUCAAAUGGCUCCGGUAGACGUGUUGGCUUCGUUUGUGAAUACGAUGCUUUACCUGGUGUCGGGCAUGCAUGUGGUCACAACAUUAUUACUGUGCAAGGUCUUGCUUGUGCCCUUGCUUUUAAAACUUUGCUGGAACAUAACUUGGUACAAGGGACCGUUGUUCUUUUCGGUACUCCUGCUGAAGAAACUACCAGCGGAAAGAUUAAUUUUGUAAAGGAGGGUAUUCUUCAAAAUACUGUGGAUUACUCCAUGAUGCUUCACCCUUUUGCUGACGAUGGCCUGUACGGUAGAAUGUUGGCUUUAGAUUCGCUUGAUGUUGAAUUUUUUGGUAAGGCUUCUCAUGCUGGUAUGGCUCCUUGGAACGGUGUCAAUGCUGUGGAUGCUUUAAUGCAAUCUUUCGAUAACAUAGGAUUAUUAAGACAACAAACUAUACCCACAGACAGACUCCAUGGAAUUAUCACAGAAGGUGGUUCAUCUCCUAAUGUCAUCCCAGCUUAUGCCUCCGCUCACUUUUAUGCCCGUUCUAUCACACGAAACCAAUUAAACGAUUUAAAACCCCGUGUGGAAAACUGCUUUAAAGCAGCAGCGCUUGCCACAGGUUGUAACUAUAAAUUACAAUGGGGUAAGUUGGGACCCGUUGAGGAUGUAUUCAUGAAUGAUGCUAUGACAGCCCGUUAUAAGAGUUAUAUGGAAGAAGAAGGCAUUGUCUAUGCACCUCGUGUUGAUGAAGAACAGACUAGUACCGGAAGUACAGAUAUGGGCAAUUUUAGUUACGUUGUGCCUACUAUUCAUCCCGCUUAUGGUAUUCAUACAACUGCCGCUAAUCAUACCAAGGAAUUUGCUGCUGCUGCUAGACUCCCCAUUGCUCAUCAAGAUACCCUUCGCGCUGCUAAAUGUUUAGCUCUCACUGCCGCUGAAGUCAUGAUGGACGAUAAGCUUUACCAACGUGUGGUCAAUGAUUUUAAAAAAGGAAAACCCCAAUAG